AUGAACGAAUCACGCAAUAUUGAAAAUCUCCUCCAGACUGGUUUCUUCACCACCUCUAGAGCCAAGACACCCAAGACAUCUAGCACCGAAGCUCCGGCUGUUCCUCCACACAUUUCAAACGCCUCCAACAUUCUGCGGCCAGUCUCCAACCCGGAUGCGUUCAUCCUCCAGCCUUACAGUCCACCGGUGAGAAUCACUCGCCGCAGACACUUUCCGCCGCCGCCGAGUGUCGAAGAUGAGUCCGAAGCGCUUCUCAAGGAGCACGGCAGCGUCGUGUCAGCAUCCUCUGAUGACGUGCCUCCGUCGCGAGGCGAUGCCGACCAGUACCCCAUUAUCAUGGAGGUCCAUGAACACAAUCCCGAACGCCGAUUUGUUCUGAUCCCGAAAUCCGCGAGUGGAACAGAAGAUGAGGAUUCUGCCGACGAUGCAAAACGGUCCUCCAACGGCUCUCGCACGCCCAAGUAUCCACCACCGAACGACGAUUAUGAAGCGAACACGGGAAGGAAAUACCGUGCGCCUCCGACAACAGAUCGAGAUGGUGUCAAACAGCCGGAUCUCAUGAGGAAGAAGAGCAGGCAGGACCUCCCCCGCAUCGAGACCGACGUCGGAAAAGAGGAUUCCCGUUCCCAAAAACACGAACGAACCAAGUCGGCGACGCGCGUCGAGCAGCAGUCAUCCGACUACUUCUUGUCACACAACGACAGGCGACAAUCAGGCGAAACCCUACUAUCCCCGCAAGUGAUCAAGCAUGCCACGGGUGGCCGCGAGAAGGCGUAUUAUGAUUACUCCCAAAACGGUCGCAACGGCGCACCGCGACCUCGGAGAAGUCAGUCCAAUAUGGGAGAUAGACGGUUUGACGAUAAUUAUGACCGACAAACCUCAUCCAACCCACCGCCGGCCCGGCGCUCGAACACCAGCGUCGACUCUCCGCCCAAGGAGCCGAGGCACUUAUCCGGCGACAGGAUUGGCGAGUCUUCUCGUCAUCAACGCGAACGAAUGGUCCCGCGUGGCGAACGGCCGCAAAAGAAGGACCCGUCUCCGCCUUAUGACCGCUCGGAUCGUGAUCAUGAGAGUGGCUCGAAGCGAACACCGACUUAUAAGCGCGACUCUCCGCGACGAAGAGAUGAUAGUGGCUCUAGCAGCAGCGACUAUGCGCAAACGACGCCUCGGGCGGCCAAUAUUCGGCGGAGAAAGUCGAUUGUCGAUCAAGAAGAUAAGGACAUCCUGUUGAGCCCUGAGCAACUUAGACCGUCCAGGUCUGGUAGGUCUAGAUCACGUCCUCCGCCAUCAGAAGCAGUCAUGCCGUCUCCUCGAGGAUCCACCAUGUCAUUCGUGGACGAUAUCCCGCCUCCACCCCCGCCUCGCUCUUCGCAAACAUUCCCAGUGACAAGGGAGCCGAGGGACAGUGGAGAUGUCAGAGACAAGACCGUUCCGUAUCCUGAGGACGACUUGUUGCUACCCACGACAAGCCGUCUCAGCCUGCGCGAUCCAGAGCCGCCCGUGCCGCGAGCGCGCUCCCGGUCUCGUGCAUCCACCUUCAACAACCCAGUGAUAAUUCCGGCCGUCAUGCCAGCCAUGCCGGCUCCUGCCGGGCCACGGAGCCCCGCUGAAAAGAGGAGGUCGCCCGAGAGACGGCCCAACUUCGCACAGUCUGCUCUGACAGCUCCCCCGACAGAGGCAUGGCCACCAGCCAAGUUUGACCCGGCAAAGAGCAGCACAGCGGUCGUGGAUGGACCGAAAGGUAGCUACCGGCGGUACUCUCAUGACACAGACCGAGGUGGCGUGCCUGAUUUCCCCGACUGCCCCCGCAAGAAAGGCGUCAUUGGCAAAGCGGAUUGGCUCAGUCUGCCACGAUGCGACAACUUCAACAUCUGCCCCGACUGCUACAACGGGGUGUUCCUCAACACCGAGUUCCGCAACGACUUCAUGCCCAUGCUUUUCCGUCCAAUGGACAAGCCAGUUGCUUGCGAUUUCGGGGCAUGUGGGUGGUAUCACAUUGCGUGGCUCCUGACGUUGAAGAACCGCCUCACGGACUUGCGUCUGUUUUACCAGGUCGCCAAUGUCACCAGCAAGGUUACCGGUGGCGUUCUACCAUGCCCAGGAGAUCGUCGGAUUACCCGCGUCUGGUACUCGAUCAAGAACCCGUUUACGCAGACGACGAUGCCGGAUUUUACCGUCUGCUACGAGUGCGCCAAAACCAUCGAAGGACUUCUGCCCAACCUGACUGGACUGUUUGUCACUCUCCAUCCGGCGGCACAGCCCACGAGGAGUGCCUGUGCGAUGCAUUUCAACCCCGAUCGGAAGCGCUUCGUGAUGUAUUUCGAUGCGCUAGAAACAACGUCGGAUCUCGCACUCGCAACCACCCAAUCGCCCAACAUUGGCAAGCUUGUGACGGACAUUGAGAGCCUCUCGGCGUUUGCCGAGUGCUCCAAGGACAAUCCGGUUUUCGAUCAAAGCUGGCAUGUCAUGCAAUUCCUUCCCCAGUUCACCGUCUGCGGCGACUGCUUCGACGAAGUGGUCGAGCCCCAGCUGAAGGAUGGCAACGUCAUUGCGCGGAACUUUUACGUGAAACCCCAACGCCUCGAAGAGGCAUCGUGUCAACUGUAUUCUACCCGAAUGAGGACUGUUUUUGACAAGGCUUGCCGCCGUAAUGAUCCCAAGUACCUCGAAAGCAAGGUACUCGAGCGGCAAAAGAUAUUUGUGGAGAUGUACAAGAGGAUGGCCAAGCUGGAGCAGGAAAGGUCUCUCUGGGCAAGGGAAGAGAGCAAGAAGCUGCUUCAGGAAUGGGAAAAAUGGGAAUGA